ACGGGUUAGAGAUGAACCAGAUCUGAUUAAAACGAGGCUUCGUUCUUCUUGAGUGAUCAACAAGUGAUGAGCGAAAAAGCCAAAAACGAAUCCCUCGAACCGGAGUCGAGCCGGUGACCUUCGCUUGACGAUGUUACCAUUACAGAGCGACGUGAUGAACCAACUACACCAUCGAGGGGUUUGUGUAGCCGGGAUUGCAAAAGUGUUCCAAGGCAGUCAAAACAGUCGGAUAAGUCGUCGAGAUAAGAAGACUCCCCCGACGUCGCCGCCUGCUGCGCCCUUUCAGAUCAGCAGCGCUCACGGUCCGCGUAACAGAACUCGAUACUCUCGAAGAACCUUCGGACAUUCUAAGUUAUACGACGACCUUAUCACGAUAACGACCAAUAUCGACGGAUCAAAUCAAAUGACAAGGGUUCCCGACAAGCAAGUCCCGGAACGUCCUAAAAGCCGAGGCAUGUUCUACUUCCACGGCGAACCAGACGAGAACGACAUGGCCGCUGCGGAUCAGUCAGGCAGCUCAAGUAUGCGAAGACCACUCGCGACAGUCGGAGUCGAACCAGACAACGUAUCGCCCGGCUCCGAAGCCGUUGAUCCGGUUAACGCACAAGAAUACCGCGAACUACUCGAUAUCCACCAACAACGUCACUCACCGCGACCUCGUCCUCCUUCCGCCACAAACUCGCACUCCUCUACUCCCGGUGGUGGUCGAGUAGUCAACCUCCCCGCCUCAAACAUGUACCAGUUCACCGCCCAAAGUUCCGCCGAAGCCGGAUCCGCAACCCCUGUCGAGAUCGAGUGGGAAGUCGACUCCUUCGAGGACGACGACGAGGUAACGGACCUCGUUGGCUCCUUUGGCGAGGAUCCAUCUACAUUUAUCGUCGGAUCUGGUCCACCGCCUACAUUUACGCCUUCGAGAACGAGAUCAGGGAGUUUGGCGUCUUUAUCCCUCAACACCCUCUCUUUCCCCGGCGUGAGCGAACAAAGCAUGGCCGGCCUCUCCCUCGGCCUCUCCCACGCCGAAUCCCGCGCCCCCGUCGGAAUCAUCCUCCUCACACCUCCCUCCGUCGCACAAACCCGAAUCCUCCGAUCCCUUUCCUUCCCGACAACAACCCACCAACUCGACAUCCCACCUUCUGAGUUACACACGACACCCAAAGAGGAGAUCCUCCAAGCGUUAAUAUCGGCCUGUACGACACUCCUCUCCCGCUCCGCAUGUGCGAUUAUUACGUCCUCCGCGGCACUGGCACACCUAAACGACGACCUCCUCGCUAACCUCGACGGCGACGACGACGUCCCAUGCUCCCUCCUGGGCUCCCUCUCGCAACUGACGUGGUUAACGACCCUUCUCCCCCCACGACGCCGAAUCGUGGGUAUCAUCACGAGUACACCAACCCUGACCCCGAGUUCGUUGAGUACCUUGGGGAGUUUGUCAAUGGUCACCCAGAACCAGAUUUUCAUCGAGCAUAUCCAGCCUUCUGACAAUAUCCUCCACGCACGCGAGGCUGCACGGAGGAUGCGAGCGCUUGCACGUAACGCAGGUGGAGAAAUCGGUGCUCUCAUCUUGGAAUCGUUGGAGAUGAGUGCUUGGACAAAGGAACUGAGGCAUACGCUCAAACUCCCGGUGUACGAUAUGGAGGGCCUGGGAGGGUGGAUGUAUGAAGGGUGUUCACACUCGCCUGGUAUAUGGGGCGAUAGCGCGAAUGGGACACCCGCGCUCCAAAGUCCCGUCGAGACGGGUGGUUUCGCAGGAAUGGGCAUGGUCGUCGAAGCCCCCCUCUCCUCCUCCUUCACCUCCCGCAUCGACCCAGCCCACAACCCCCUCGCCCAAUCCCCUUCCUCAUUCGCCCAACACUACGGAAUCGGCUCACUCUCCGCCUCACUCUCCGGCCCUAGCGGUUCACGCCCCAUCCGUGCCGCCGGCCGCUCACAGGCUGCUGCACUACAUCGUCAGGGAAGUGGGUAUUUGCCGAGGAACCAGAGUUAUACGUAUGGACAGGGACGGAUGUUUCCGAUGGCGUUGGGGGCGAGUGGGGGGGUUACGCCGCCGCCCCCGAGGGUUGAGGAUGCGAGUAUUAUUGAGUGGAGUGGGAGGGAUUUUGAUAUGUAGGCGAGGCGAGGCGAGUAUUAUUGAGUGGAGCGAAAUGGAGUUGGGCGGUGCUUGUGAGAGGUGGAGAAAGGAAAAUGUGACAGGGAGU